CAGUGUCACUGACUGCUCAGUCAAACUCGGACGCAGCAAACGGCAGCAUGGUAAAAGAAUAACAAUCUUUAAAAUCGAAACUAACGAAUUCUUGAACUGAAAGGUUAUUUUCAAAGUUUUUUAAGAAACUCUGGACGUGUUUGAGUGCUUGGUAGUUUGGCCGGUCGGUGUGUACAGUGGGUUUCAGUGAAGUUUUUGUAUUUCUGUGGAGUACCGUUCGGCUUAUUAUUGGGAAACUCACGAUCUGCAACGACCGGCUUCAGAUGAUUGAAACUGGCCAUGCGUAAUCUGAAGAGUUCCGUUUGCUGUAGUACUCUACGGGGAUGACACGGGAUCUAAGCCAAGGCUCAUGAUGUCGCAGUCGGCGCUGGGGCUCGGCGGCGAGCGGCGCUACUCCGUGCCCUCCAACCCGCUCGUCCACGACCCGCGCGGCAUGCACUCCGAGGACCUGCACGCGUGGUCCAUCUACAGGCAAAAUCUGAACUCUGAUUUCACGGACAGCGCGCUGGGAAGCACCGACAAGAGCCCUUUGCCUUAUGGAAACUUCCAGCUGAGAGAUACUACUGUCCAGUCCAUCCUAUCGCAUCCCAGAUAUGGACCCAAAUCAGCGCUUGGUUCAAACAUGUACACGUAUCUCAAAUUCGGGCUGCCACGAGUGUUUCCGCCGAACCACAACGGCUCACAGCGCUCUGGGACGCCGAAACCCAAGACAUCGAUUGGCAGUGGAAUGAAACCGGUACCCAGGAUCCAAAGGCAAAGCAGAGGAAUACGCGAGACAUCAUCAGGCUACGACAGUUCCGACAACGAAACUUCUACGAACUACAAAUAUAGCCGCAAAUACCGUUCGGAUCCUGAUUUUAGAAUGCAACAUUUGCACACAUCCUAUCAACCUCAGGGCGGCCCCGGCGUACCACUAGUAGCCAUGCAGCAGGCAGGCCUCAGAAAUGAGCCCCACUGGACCAACUCGAGACAUAAGUCCGUGAGCGAAGCCAACCUGCUGGGCAUAGAGGCCCGACCACACCGCCCGUCUUACAGCCAUCGGAGGAACAGUGUAGCUGACUUCGUGCCUGAUAAUGACCAUCAGAGUUACCUGAUGGCGGCAUCCCACCUUGGAGGUCGAAUGUCGAAGGCUGGCAGUCAUAUGUCUUUGGCGCAGUCCAGAAAACAGUCCACCCUACGGCCCGGGGACCACUUAGAUGGAUACACGCAUUCCGCUUACAUUUACCCUAACUAUUAUGUUAAUAGUUUAGAAAUAACUGCACCGGACAACAAAUCCGCGCUGUUGGUGUCUGGGCUCAGCUUCGAGGUGAAGUCUGGCGAGAUCCUCGCGGUGUUGGCCACGUCGCAGCACGAGGCCACGGGCCUGUUGGAUGUCUUGGCUGGCGUUAGAAAGAAACUAACAGGCGAUAUAGUCCUCAACGGUCAGCCUGUGGCGUCAUCAACGCUUCGUAAAGUAGCAGCCUACGUGCGAAAAGACACGUCUCUCUGUCCCUCCAUGACGGUGGAACACACACUAAGGUUUCACGCGGCGCUGCGGCGGCCGAGGAAUAAUCAGCACCAGGUCAAGAUGGAUGAUAGAGAUCGGAUAAAUUGGCUAAUAGAAGAGCUAGGCCUUGACCAAGUACGAGACACGAACGUGGCCCGUCUAACAAGAUCCGAGAUCAGACGGCUCAACGUCGCCUGCCAGUUGUUGCUCGACACGGCCAUCCUGAUCCUGGACCAGCCCACGAAGGAGAUGGACAUCUUCGACACCUUCUUCCUGGUGGAGUAUUUGAGGAACUGGGCGAGCGGCGGGCGCGUUGUGAUCAUGUCGUUACACCCGCCGACUUAUGAGAUCUUUGCUAUGCUUACAAAGGUGGUCUUAAUAUCCGCUGGUAGAACGAUGUUCAGCGGUUACAGAAGAGACAUGUUGCCAUAUUUCGCUUCUAUCGACUAUCCUUGUCCCGCCUUCAAAAAUCCUUCUGAUUAUUAUUUGGACCUGGUGACCCUCGACGACUUGUCCGCGGCGGCCAUGCUGGAGUCGUCGGGGCGCAUCGAGGCGCUGGCGGGGCUGUUCGCGGGCGCGCAGGCGCCGCCCGAGCCGCCGCCGCCCGUGCCGCUGCCCGCGCCCGUCGCCCGGCCCAACGUCGCAGUACAAGCCUUUGCUCUUAUAGAAAAAAGUUUGGUGUUUACUCAAAUGACGACACUGUCUAAUGUGGUGACGCGGGUGCUCAUUGCAGCCAUCAUGUCGCUCAUCAUGGGAACCAUCUUCUGGGACCUACCAACGACUGACGCGAAGCUAACGCAAAACGACCGAAUCGGAUACCACUACUCUGUGAUGUGCUUAAGCCUGUGUCCACUGCUCAUGUGGCUCACCGCACGGGAAGCUAGCUCUAUGAGAAGACACGUAGAGAGAGACGUUGCUGUACCAUUGUACUCUCGCACCGUAUUUAUACUUUAUGAUCAAUUUCUGGAGCUAUGGUCGGCUGUGCUGACAUGGUUCGCGUACCUCGUGCCGAGCUACGCCAUGAGCGGCCUUUACGCCCAGUCUCCGGGGUCUUUCGACGGAUUCUAUAUUUAUUUAGGUUACACCGCGCUCUAUCUAAUAGCAACCCAGAUGAUGUUCCGAGCCUUCGUCUUCCUCGUACCGAUGGAGAAGACGGCCACUAUCCUGGCAGGCUUCUGUUUCCUGCUCAGCACUCUAGCCAACGGCGUGAUGCUGCACCAGCAGGACUUGCCGCAAUAUUGGCGCUGGCUGGAGUACGUGUCGCCCUCGAGGUGGACGCUGCCGGAGAUCCUGAUGAAGGAGUUGAGCGAAACUGCCUUGAGGACGAGUAUUAGUAAGGAGAUGAGGUGUACUAAUAAACAGAGACCGUAUAACGACAUAAUAGUACAAUCCCAAUGCCCACCGCCAAACGGCACCCAAGUCCUCUCCAACUACGACUACCUCCGCGCCGACAACGUCUGGGAGUGGUCACAAGAAAGCUUCCUAAUAGCUUUGGCCAUCUUUUAUGCGGUUUUCGCUGUGAUCGCCCUUUUGGCUUUUGUGUGCGACUGUACCAAGUACGUUAGGAGAAAGGAACGAAACAGCUUGAAAGGGCACAAGGUAACUGUUAAUACUCCGUGAAAAUAAUACUUUGACCUUCAUUUAACGAGAAAUUUUCGAAGAACAUUUGUUUUCGACUUACAAUCGAAUUGAUAGAUUACUAAUUAUUAUAUCUGAUCAACACAGGUUGUAAUUGUCCAAGAAUGUGAUUAUAAACUUGUGUCAGUAAUCAAGAUAUAUAAAUCAACUAAUUCACUACAUACAUACCUAAGUAACUAAACAAAAAAAAUAUGAGCAACUUUGUUAUUUGAGUGAAAAUAUUGAGAAUUAUACUUUGUAAGUCCGAUGAUAUACGGGCAAGUUGAUUGAAUUUCUUUGGUCAUUUUCUGUAAAAGCUGGACUAAUGUUGAUCUUAUAAAAGCUGAUCUGGAAGUUAGAUAAUGUAUAAUCUGUACAAUGUUGUAUCGCUAGGAAUUAAGUAAAUAAAUGAAUGUACAAAGAAUUUAUAACUAAAGUAGUAUAUGUAAUAGACUUUUAAUAACUAAAUGCGAAAGGCUGACUGUAUACCGUCUUCCGUCCUUGAAUGCAUGAAUAUUGUAUAAUAAAAUGUGCCGAAUGCAUGUAUUAGGUUAAUUAUACACAUAUCACAAGUUUAUCUUAGUCACUACUUUUCGUUCUUCACAUGUUUUGCCAAAAACAUGAUGUCUAUGAAACUAUAGGUACUAUUAGUCUAUUAUCGAUAGAGUAAAUAAAAAGAACAGAGCGACAAUGUCAAAACAACGCAUACUUCGUGUUCUUUUUACGUGUAUGAACGGCGUUUUUUGCGUAUUCUCGCAACAAGGUUGGAUAUUGUUGUUGUAAGCUGUGACACUGUCCCAUUUCUUUACUCUUGAACGAUCUAGCUUUCUCUUUUCUACUUCUGUAGAAAAGUCCUUCAAGCACUUAUAUGAUUGUGAAUGUGCAUGUGCUCAAUGCAAUAGUGUAUGAAAUAAUAAAUGAAAAUUGGCAUUUUCGCAAAUCCCUUCUUAAAGGCUCGGGUAGACGGUGCGCGACCUCACAAUGGAAUUACGUUAUAUUGCCGAAAACGGAGUUACAACUUACUAUACAACUAAUUCAAUUGACCGAUCUAAUACGUAUAUUGCAAUGUAACAUAACUCGCUCGCACCGUCUAGAUGAGCCUUAAAUCUAAAUGAAUCGUCAUAUACUCUUCUACGGCAAGAAACAGUAUUAGGUACCUAAGUACGACAUUUUAAAGUGUUUAUUAACCUACUGCCAAAUGUUGACUAGUACAUCCAAUUUUCAUUCUUCUUCUUUAUUUGAUAGGUAUAGUUUAUUACAUUUUAAGUAGUUUAAAGGAAUAAAAGUGGAGCCAUAUCAAUUAGAUAAUUAUUUAAUAAUUGUUAAGUUACCUUACUUUCGGCAUAAUAAAAAUAAAUGUAAA